AUGGAUUCCAUGAGAUCCUUAAACACUUCCCUGCCGAGCUCGACACCUCGCCCACAGCCACCCGAGCAACUCCUCCAGUCUUUCAAAGCGGCUGCGCUAUCCGUCACCAAUCUGUACAAGAAUGCUGUCUACGAGCAAGCCCAGGCCCGGCAGGCUGGCUAUCAAGAGGCCGUAGAGGACCUGCUCCACUUUCUUGAUCGUGAGAACCUUGGUCUCGGCGACGGAGAGGGUUGGAGGGUUCGUCAGUGGGCAACUGAGAAGUGUGACGGAACCGCCCAGGGUAGCGACGACGACGAGCGAACCGACCCAGAUAAGCCUGACCGAAGUGCAACACCCGCAGCUGGUCGUAAGGAAGCUCCCUCUUCCGAGCCCGCUGCCCGACAGCAACCUACCUCGGCUCCCGCCUCCGUCCCCUCCGCCCCUCCCAUGCCCCGUCCAGAGACCACAACCACAACCCCCACACCUCAAGCUCAUCCUCAAGAGAUUUCGCCUGGAUCACCACCGACAGUAUUCACAUUCACAGCUGGUCCAACGUUCCCCCAAUGCCAAGACCUCGAAAUGGACGUGCAAUCAUCCGACAACCCUACCCCUCCUUUGCAAGACGAUGCACCUGUCAGCAUUUCCAUGAUGCCUCGCAACCCUCGCCAUCAACACCGCCACAACAACCUUGCCCGUCCAAUUGCCCGUCCCUUUCCCCGAGAGUCCCCUGCCAGUAUUGGGUCCAAGAGGAAAUUCAACGUCCCGGACUUCUUUGACUUAUCCGGGGACAUGUUUGGGGGAGGCAAACGUGGCCGCUUCACCUAG